AUGUACUGGACUAAAUGUGUGAUUCGCACUACCCGUCAAUAUCGCAGGGUGGCCCGUUAUUCUGGAAAUGAUCAUCUCUCUUUUGAUUCGCACCUGUUCUAUGAGAGACUCGCCAUAAUCAAGCAAUACUUUCUUCGACGAACAAUGGACGAGGCACAGAAGGUGAAGAACGCAAAGGGAGCUAGAUACAAGAUAAAGAAGAUGUACUAUCAUCCUUACGCCCUACGGACCUACGCUGUGCGACUGAGGGCGCUCCUGAAGCAUUCUUAG